CUAGCUGUAGCGCUGAGGCUCUGAGGCUAACAGCUAGCUGUAGUACUUGGAGCUGUCCUGUAGCACCGUUAGCUCCGACCGUUAGCUCUUCCAUUCACUGCAUGGAUCGGCUCUGAUGUUUUUGCACCCAGUUAUGAGGCAGCUUAGCCUGGCUGGGAUAGGACAGCUGUCCGGUUGACCACACACACCCUGACCGACCUCCUCGCCUCAUCCAAGACAGUGAGCGGCGGAGGAGACGGUAGUCCAGACUCAGCCUGGUAAAGACUCCCCACUUUUCCAUCGUGAUUUGUCGCCCGUGCUGUCGUGCAGUGGAUUGGCGCGCCCUGAUAGAAGGCUGGGGGAGGUGGCCGUCGGGCUGGCUCCGCCUCCGCCCGGGGCCAGCGUGCGUUCCCAGCAGGCUGUGGUGCCGUGUUCCCCCCCCUCCCCCCCACCGCGGAGCAGAGCUAACGCCCAGGCAGGAGGUGCAGUGCGUGCAGGAGCCAUGUGCCUCCCUCAGGCCAACAACAUGGAGACCAAGCUGCAGGGGGGUGGGGCUUCACAGGGGGGCGGGGCUGCUCUGGCACCAAGAGGAGGGGUUUCCCUGGAGCCCUUUGUCCAUCAGGUAGGCGGUCACACCAGCAUGAUGCGCUACGAUGACCACACGGUGUGUAAACCUCUGAUCAGCAGAGAGCAGCGCUUCUACGAGUCCCUUCCACCCGAGAUGAAAGAGUUCACCCCCGAAUACAAAGGCGUGGUGCUGGUGUGUUUCGAAGGGGACUCUGAUGGCUACAUCAACCUGGUGGCCUACCCCUACGUGGAGAGUUGUUCAGAGGGGGCGGGGGAGCACGAGGAGAGGGAGUUCCCCGAGAGGGAGCAGCCCAGGAGGAAACAGUCCCGCCGCAGCCUCCACCGCUCCUCCUCCUCUGCCGAAUACAAGGACGAGCGGGCAGACCGGAGGGAGGUGCUGGAGAGCGACUCCACCGAGAGCCUGGCGGACCUCAAGAGCCCGAGGCUGGAGCUCCACAUCCACUCUGAAGUUCCCUUCCAGAUGCUGGACGGGAACAGCGGCCUGGGCUCAGAGAAGAUCAGCCACAACCCCUGGAGCCUGCGCUGCCACAAGCAGCAGCUCAGCCGCAUGCGCUCCCAGUCCAAGGACCGAAGGCUGUACAAGUUCCUGCUGCUGGAGAACGUGGUGCACCACUUCCUGUACCCCUGCAUCCUGGACCUGAAGAUGGGGACGCGGCAGCACGGGGACGACGCCUCAGAGGAGAAGGCUGCCCGACAGAUGAGGAAGUGUCAGCAGAGCACCUCCGCCAGCCUCGGGGUCCGGCUCUGUGGCAUGCAGGUGUACCAGGUGGAUACGGGCCACUACCUGUGUAGGAACAAGUACUACGGCCGCAGCCUGACCAUGGAGGGCUUCCGCCACGCCCUGUACCAGUACAUGCACAACGGACUGGGCCUCAGGCGCGACCUAUUUGAACCAAUCCUCAGCAAGCUGGGGAGCCUGAAGGCGGUGCUAGAGGGGCAGACGUCCUACCGCUUCUACUCCUCGUCGCUGCUCAUCAUCUACGAGGGGAAGGAAGCUGAAGGCACGGCAGUGCCCCUCACUGAGCAGCAUAAGGUUCCACAACCUCCCCCGGACGCACAUCGUGGCCCCUGGCCCCAACCUCCUCCAGACUCACAGAGUGGCCCCUGGCCCCAACCUCCUCCAGACUCACAGAGUGGCCCCUGGCCUCAACCUCCUCCAGACUCACAGAGUGGCCCCUGGCCUCAACCUCCUCCAGACUCACAGAGUGGCCCCUGGCCCCAACCUCCUACAGACACACAUAGUGGCCCCUGGCCUCAACCUCCUACAGACACACAUAGUGGCCCCUGGCCUCAACCUCCUCCAGACUCACAGAGUGGCCCCUGGCCCCAACCUCCUGCAGACACACACAGUCCCCCCUGGCCCCAACCACCUACAGACACACACAGUCCCUCCUGGCCCCAACCUCUUCCAGAACCACACAGUAACCCCUGGCCCCAACCACCUCCAGAACCACACAUUGGCACCAAGGUUCCACCUCCGUCAGACCCAAACAGUGCUCCCUGGCCCCAACCUCCGCCAGAGCCACACAUUGGCCUUAAGGUUCAACGUCCAUCAAACCCAAACAGUGGUCCCUGGCCCCAACCUCCUCCAGAGCCACACAUUGGCACCCGGGCUCAACCUCCAGAGCACGGCCAACCGCAGAUCUCUUCCGGUCAGGGGGACAUCUCCAUGACGACAAAACCGGGGGUGGGGCCAGGGACGAGAUUGCCGACAGAGGGGAUAACCUCACUGCCUCCCCCUACUCAGAUAGUCCCCCUCACAGCCUCAAACUGUAACGCCCCUCCACCCAGCCACACCUCCACUGCACCGCGCCCAGAAGCCCCUCCCCCAAGCCACCCCUUGCCCACACUGCGCCCAGAAGCCCCUCCCCCAAGCCACCCCUUGCCCACACUGUGCCCAGAAGCCCCUCCGCCCAGCCACCCGUGCUCCACACCGCACCCAGAAGCCGUUCCCACGAGCCACCCCUGCCCCGCAACGUGUCCCGAAGCCCCUCCCCCCAGCCACUCCUCCCCUGCCCCCCGCCCAGACGCCGCUGCCCCCCUGGUAGACCUGCGUAUGAUAGACUUCGCUCACUCCACCUUCAAGGGUUUCCGUGACGACACGGCGGUGCACGACGGGCCGGACCGCGGCUACGUGCUGGGACUGGAGAGUCUGGUCCACAUCCUGGAGGACCUGAGGGAUAACAGCCUGGCGUAGCACACACACAUACACACAGAAACACACACACACACACACACACCUUACAUAUAUGCAAACACACACACAGAAACACACACAUCACACACACAUUCUCUGGGUUUUGUGUCGUCCCCCCUCGUUUUCUGUAAAUAUGGACCAUGGUCAUCGUUCUCCUUGUCGUCUCCAUGGCAACACAAACACCAUUCUGAAGACAUCAGAGAGGCUUCGGUUGCUAAGAAACGGCCACGGAAAUUUCCAGGGAGCCAACAUGGCCGACGCAGGACUGCAGGUUGAAAACCUGUGUGUUGGGUGGCCACGCCCAUGCAGACUGUCACCACUGUGACAGUGGGACAGAAGCAAGGAUCAUGGGAGAAUAAGGGGGAGGGGCUUCAAUCAGCCACAACUGCCUGGCACUUUCCACAAUGCAUUGCCUUGACCGUCUGAGCAUUAAGAGACUAAGACUGGUUGGGGCUUCCUCCAGCUGUAGCCAAUCCCAUCGUGACAAUCUGCUCAUGUGACCAGUUAGAGCACAAACACAGGAACCGCCCUUCAUUAUACCUACUUCAAUAUAGAAACUGUGUUGUUGUACCACCAUAGUACUAUUGAACCAACAUGUUGAAAGCAAGAUAAUAAUGAAUAGUGAAGGAAGUAAGUUAAUAAUAAUGAAUAGUGAAGGAAGUAAUAAUAUUAAUGAAUAGGAUACUUAAAAAGGUUUAUUGUAGAAUGUAGUCGAGCGUCAGGGAUAGCUUAGUGUUAGGAUGCUUGGAGGUAUUCAGUAGAACAUGGAGACUAUCUCACUGAUACUGUAAAGCUGUAAAACAUUCUUGAGAGCUGAGAUGUAUCUUUGCUCUCGCUGUGCUCUCCAUUCUCGUUUUAAACUAGCUUUAAAAUCACUGCAGCAGAGAAAGCCCCCAGUAGUGCAUGGGGCUGGAUUCCAAGCGAACAGCUAGCUUUUAAACCCAAUGUCUGGCCUAACUGAUAGCCAACACUAGAAGCUAACAUCUAGGCUAGGUCUGGGGUUUUAAAUCUAGCAGUAAGGCCAGCCCUGUCUUGGACUAAAAAGCCACAGAAUCAUAAAAACCUGUUAACGGGUCCCUGGAUGACAAGGCAACAGAAGCUAAUGGACAUACUAACUUCUCUGGAUGACAAGGCCACUGAAGCUACCGGAAAUGCUAACUGGUUUCCAGAUGACAAGGCAGCAGAAGCUAACAGACAUACUAAGUUGCCACUAGAUGAAAAAGCAACAGAAGCUAGCAGACAUGCUAACUGGUCUCUAGGUGAAAAUGCAACAGAAACUAACCAAUAUGCUAACUGAUCUCUGGAUGGUGAGGCAACAGAAGCUUGCGGAUGUGAGUACAAGCCUCUGGAUUAAAGGCAACAGAAACUCACUGUCAAGCGGGUUCUAAAAAGCUAGCAUAACUGUAACGAGAGGGGUUCUGCAGAGCUAAACAUGGCUAGUGGGGUUCUGCAGGGCUAACUCUGGCUGGUGGGCUUCUACACAGCUAACUGCGGCUAGUGGGGUUCUGCAGGCAUAACAUGCUAACUGUGGCUAGAGGGGUUAUGCAGAGCUAACAGGCCAACUGUGGCUAGUGGGCUUCUGCAGAGAGGACAAGGUGUGAUUGGUCCUCUGAUCUGUGAUAGAUGUAAGAAAAAAAAUCUUAGAUAAAGUAUUAUACAAUAGUCACCCAAAAGUAUCUGUUUAUUGUUUAUUUUUGUUGCAUGGAUGAAUAUUUUUUUAAAUAUUAUAAUAUUACAUCUUUAUGACACCUUUGAAUGUGAUCUAUAAAACAUUUAUUUAAGAAAG